UCUCCUCCCUCCUCUCCAGCUUCACCUGGCUCUCGGCUCAGGUGCACAGCAACAUGAUGAUGCAUUUCUCCGGCCGGAUCACGGACAGCUUCGACCGGGAGUUUCGCUGCCUGUACGCCGACUCGCAGAUCGUCGACUGCUUCUUCAACGCGGAGGAGGAAGGUGGGGGGCUGCCUUACUACCCCUCCUACCAGGCCAUGAUGACCCCCGGUGGCCUGGUCCCGGGGCUGGACCUCCUCUCAGACAGCAGACAGCGGGACAGGGUUUGCUCUGAGAACUCCAGCAGCCAAUCCAGUAACAGCGUGUCGAGUGUGAAGGCUGCGCCCGGCAUGACCUCCAACACAGUCUACAAGGUCACCCAGAACCACGACAAGAAGGAGUCCAACAGCAACCCCCUCCUGAGCCCAGAGCGGAGAGGCCAGACCCCGACACCCCCGGGAACACGAGGCUUAUCCAACGGGGGAAUCCAUCAAGAUCGACCCCCGCCGGCGUACGGUCAGCAGAUGGGCAUCGAGUGGAACAAACCCAACGCGGCGGACGUCAUGCGGUCCAACAUCGGCGGGGCUUCGUCCAAAUUCCAGGCGAUGGGGUUGUACGAUCAGAAACCGAAUAUGUUCCACAGUCCAACCACAAACCUUCGGACGCAUACGCCCUCCCCCAUCACUGACAUUAAACUCGCCCCCAAGCAAAGGACUCCCCCAAACCAGUUCUUCAACAAGCUAUCGGACAUGUUCCUGCCCAACUCCAAGGAGACCUACAACACUCGGGGGUCUACGUCGCCUCUGGAGAUUCCUCCCUGGGGGGGGCCGGACCUCACGAUGAACGAGCCGGAGAGCGAGCAGAGCCUACCCCCCCCGCCCUCCCCCACCGUGCUGAUGAACCGGCAUGAACAGAAGCGAUUGACGCUGGGACACAGCAAGCUGGACCUGGUGAACCAGUACAACAAGAUGAAAUCCAGACAGGUGUACAGUCGCUUUGAGCUCAAGACAACCGAUUUAAACCGGGAACAAAUUUAGUUUCAAACCCUUUCCAUUCCUCCGGCGUCUCUUCGUCUACCAAUCAGAAGGUCGGUGCUUCGCCCGUUGUUGUGUUUUAGGGCAAGAUAUUGACAUCCCCAAAUGCUCCUGACUGUGAGCAGUGUGUUUGAAUCUUCCUGAUCUCCUUGCAAUGAAUGAAUGAAUGUGUGUCAAUGGGUGAUUGAGGACUUAAGAGCGCUUCGAGGUGCCUUUCUCUCGAACACACUCCAGGGAUUAAAGGAGGGUUUUCCACACGACACGUAUAAACAAUCCAGGUGAUGCAAUAAGAGUCCAUUUUCACCGUUUGUAUUAUGAAGUCUUUUAGGUAAACUUUUCUACAGCUGUGAAGAUGAGUUUUUAUGUGUGUAGCAUCACUAAGUGCACAUUAACAGAAAACUAGAAUUCACUAGGACACUCUCUCAUCAGAAAAUAAUAUAACUAUUAACGAUUUUGACCUCAAACGUUCGAAGUCUAGGAGUUUAACGACCAACUCAUUUCUACUUUCAGUAAGACUUUAAAUUCCAUUUCAGCUUUCAUUGUCAGUUACUUUGGUUUGAUAUUUAACCUUAAACAA